CGGAGCCUUCCGGGCCGCCGCGACCAUGUCGGACCCGGCGCCCAAAGUUCCCGAGGAGAUGUUCCGGGAGGUUAAGUACUACGCCGUGGGCGACAUCGACCCGCAGGUCAUUCAGCUUCUAAAAGCUGGAAAAGCUAAGGAAGUCUCCUACAAUGCACUAGCCUCACAUAUAAUUUCAGAGGAUGGGGACAAUCCAGAGGUUGGAGAAGCUCGAGAAGUCUUUGACUUACCUGUUGUAAAGCCUUCUUGGGUGAUUUUGUCCGUUCAGUGUGGAGCUCUUCUGCCAGUAAGUGGUUUUUCUCCAGAGUCGUGUCAGAUUUUUUUUGGAAUCACUGCCUGCCUUUCUCAGGUGUCAUCUGAAGACAGAAGUGCCCUGUGGGCUUUGGUUACGUUUUAUGGGGGGGAUUGCCAGCUGAACCUCAAUAAGAAAUGCACACAUUUGGUUGUUCCAGAACCGAAGGGGGAGAAAUAUGAAUGUGCUUUAAAGCAAGCAAGCAUUAAAAUUGUGACUCCUGACUGGGUCCUGGAUUGCAUAUCUGAGAAAACAAAAAAGGACGAAGCAUUUUAUCAUCCUCGUCUGGUUAUUUACGAAGAGGAAGACGAGGAGGAGGAGGAGGGGGAACAUGAGGAGCAGGAGUCUCAGAACGAGGGCAGUACGGAUGGGAAGUCGAGCCCCGCCAGCUCUCAAGGAGGGUCUCCUGGUGACCAACCGCUUUCUCCCAAACCAAACCCUGAAAAAUCUAAAGGGGAGUUGAUGUUUGAUGACUCCUCAGAUUCAUCACCUGAAAAGCAAGAGAGAAAUUUGAACUGGACUCCAGCUGAAGUCCCGCAGUUAGCUGCGGCAAAGCGCAGACUGCCUCAGGGAAAGGAGCCUGGCUUGAUUAACUUGUGUGCCAAUGUCCCACCGGUACCAGGGAACAUCCUGCCUCCUGAUGUCCGGGGUAAUUUGAUGGCUUCUGGACAAAACCUCCAGAGUUCUGAAAGAUCAGAGAUGAUAGCUACUUGGAGUCCAGCAGUGCGGACACUGAGAAAUAUUACUAAUAAUGCUGACAUUCAGCAGAUUAACCGACCAUCAAAUGUAGCACAUAUCUUACAGUCCCUUUCAGCACCUACGAAAAAUUUAGAACAGCAGGUGAAUCACAACCAACAGGGACAUGCAAAUGCCAGUGCAGUGCUGUUUAGCCAAGUGAAAGCAGCUCCAGAGACACACAUGUCACAGCAGCAGCAUCAGACUCAGCAGCAACACCCAGUUUUACACCUUCAGCCCCAGCAGAUUAUGCAGCUUCAGCAGCAGCAGCAGCAGCAGCAGCAGCAGCAGAUUUCCCAACAACCUUACCCCCAGCAACAGUCGCAUCAGUUUUCUCAGCAGCAGCAGCAGCAGCAAGUCCAUCAGCAUCAGUUUCCACAGCAGCAGCUACAGUUUCCACAGCAACAGCUGCACCCUCAGCAGCCAUUGCAUCGCCCUCAGCAGCAGCUACAGCCAUUUCAGCAACAGCAUGCCCUGCAGCAGCAGUUACAUCAGCUCCAGCAGCACCAGCUGCAGCAACAGCAAUUAGCACAGCUGCAGCAGCAGCAGCACAACCUGCUACAGCAGCAGCAGCAGCAGCAGCAGCUCCAGCGCAUGCACCAACAGCAUCAACAGCAGCAGCAAAUGCAAACUCAUGCAGCACAACACUUGAGUCAGAUACCCCAGGCGCUGCAGCCUCAGGUCCCACAUCAGCAGCCCCUGCAGCAGCAGCACCCCCCUCAGCAGCAGCCUCUCCAGCACCACCAGCUGUUCGGACAUGACCCAGCAGUGGAGAUUCCAGAAGAUGGCUUCUUACUGGGGUGUGUGUUUGCAAUUGCGGAUUAUCCAGAGCAGAUGUCUGACAAACAGCUGCUGGCCACCUGGAAGAGGAUAAUCCAGGCACAUGGCGGCACUGUGGAUCCCACAUUCACCAGUCGAUGCACGCACCUGCUCUGUGAGAGUCAGGUCAGCAGCAUGUAUGCACAGGCGCUGAGAGAAAGGAAGCGAUGUGUCACUGCACACUGGUUAAACACAGUCUUGAAGAAGAGGAAGAUGGGGCCGCCGCGCCGGGCCCUGCACUUUCCGGUGGCCUUCCCCCCGGGAGGAAAGCCGUGCUCGCAGCAUAUUAUUUCUGUGACUGGAUUUGUCGAUAGUGACAGAGAUGACCUAAAGCUAAUGGCUUAUUUGGCAGGUGCCAAGUAUACUGGUUAUCUGUGCCGCAGCAACACAGUCCUCAUCUGUAAAGAACCAACCGGUUUAAAGUACGAGAAAGCCAAAGAGUGGAGGAUACCCUGCGUGAAUGCCCAGUGGCUCGGUGACAUCCUCCUGGGGAACUUCGAGGCGCUGAGGCAGAUUCAGUAUAGUCGCUACACAGCAUUCAAUCUACAGGACCCAUUCGCCCCGACCCACCACUUGGUCGUGAACAUGCUGGAUGCUUGGAGAGUUCCAUUAAAGGUGUCGCCAGAGUUGUUGAUGGGUGUAAGACUACCUCCCAAAGUGAAACAGAAUGAAGUAACUAAUAUCCAGCCUUCUUCCAAAAGAGCCAGAAUUGAAGAUAUACCACCUCCCACUAAAAAGUUAACACCAGAGUCAACCCCAUUUGUGCUUUUCACUGGAUUUGAGCCUGUCCAAGUUCAACAGUAUAUUAAGAAGCUCUACAUCCUUGGUGGUGAGGUUGCCGAGUCUGCGCAGAAGUGCACACACCUCAUUGCCAGCAAAGUGACACGCACUGUCAAGUUCCUGACGGCGAUUUCUGUCGUGAAGCACAUAGUGACACCGGAGUGGCUAGAAGAGUGCUUCAAGUGCCAGAAGUUUGUUGAUGAGCAGAACUACAUUCUCCGAGAUGCUGAGGCUGAAGUGCUUUUCUCUUUCAGUUUGGAAGAGUCCUUAAAACGGGCACACAUUUCUCCACUGUUUAAGGCAAAAUAUUUUUAUAUCACACCUGGCAUCUGCCCGAGCCUUUCAACUAUGAAAGCAAUUGUGGAAUGUGCAGGAGGAAAAGUGUUACCUAAACAGCCGUCUUUCCGGAAACUCAUGGAGCAUAAGCAGAACAAGAGUUUGUCAGAAAUAAUUUUAAUAUCCUGUGAAAACGAUCUUCAUUUGUGCCGAGAAUAUUUUGCCCGAGGAAUAGAUGUUCAUAAUGCAGAGUUUGUUCUCACUGGAGUGCUUACACAAACACUGGACUAUGAAUCGUAUAAAUUUAACUGACAGUGUGUCUGGACUGCUGUGUGACUGGAGUCCUGGAGCCCACGUCUGGCCGUCCACUGGUGAUAGCACACUAGGUCUUCCUUCAGAUGCCCUUGUUUUCUAGCUGCUUUUUUCUAAGGGGUCAAUACUUUAAAGCCAGAAAACAAAUAUAAUAAAUAUAUUGCAUCUUAUUAAGAUGUGUGACUUUAUUCUGAGGAAACAUAAAUUAUGUUUUGUAUUAUAUGACUUUCAGAACCCACAUUAGGUUAUAUGAUUCAUUUGCCAGAUUUUUAAAUGUUUUCACAAAACUGUUACAGAACUUCAGCAACAAGUAAAAUGGUGUAAAUAAAGACCUUGCUAUCUAAA